AUGCCUUCCUGCAUCUUCGGAAAGCCACGUCGGACCCCGCUGGAAAUCCAUGGCCGGUCGCUGCCUGACGAUGCAGACGCCGUUCCGAUGCUCUUUCCUAUGUACACAGUCGUCGCAGAUGUGCUGCUGAAGAUGACGAAGGUGGAGUCGCACGAAAAGCUGAAGGCGAGGGGGCAGCUCGUCGUCUUCAGCGCCGACUUGGGGAGUGCUGUCUUCGUGUCGCACCAAUGGCUUUCGAAAGGUCAUCCCGAUCCCGACUUCAAGCAGAUGCGCACGCUGCAAGGCGCCGUACGUCAGAUCUUGAAGAGCACUGGGUCUAUAUCACUGGACCUGCUUACAGAAUCUUUGGUGCAAACCGCCAAGCCUAUUCCCUUGAAGGACUUUCAGGGGCAGACGCUGUUCUUCUGGUACGACUACUGGUCAUGCCCGCAGCUUGAGAACCAGAAUGGCAAUGCUGAAGAGACAGAUGGGAACCAGCACCAGAACCAGCACCAGUCUAAUGCAAUCAGCAGUAUCCCAGCCUACAUAGCCAGGUGCCGAUUUUUCUUCGCACUUUGCCCUGCGAUCGACUGCCCUGACCAGGGUCAGGUUCUAACAUCAGCGUCUUGGGGCACCAGAGGUUGGUGUCGCCUAGAGCGAGCAGCACGCGAACUGUCGCAAAACAGCACUUGGAUUCUCAUUCGAAGCGAGACAUCCAUUGAAGCUGUCGGUGCAGUGCUCUCCUUUCCUGGCGGCUCUGUCGGGGAAGGCGAGUUCGCCAUCUCAGAGGAUCGCGGGAAGCUGGCCCCAGUGAUGCAGAAGAUCCUCCUGCAGAAGCUGAACCACUGCUUGCGAGUGGGCGACAUGCCUGGAUUCCGGCGCCAGUUCAAUCUGCAGACGGUUCACCUGCGUGGGCUGGAGAUCGAGCCAAUUGCCGACCUUCUUCCCAACUCGGGGGCCCAGGACGGUGAGGUGGUGGCGGAGUUCCUUCAUCAAAACGGCUUGAGGAGUGUCGGCAAGGCCGACAGUGCGGGGUGGUGGCCUCUGCACUAUGCCGCAUUGGCCGGCAACGUAGAGGUGCUGAGAGGCUUGUUGGCUCAGCACGCUGACCCAAACCUGCGCACGUCGAAGGAUGAGCCGAACAUGGGCAUUCCGCUUUGGGUUUCAGCCAUGGAGUUGGCGGUGGCCUUCAAGCACCACGAGGCGACGAGGCUGCUCCUCGCGGCAAGAGCCAACCUCGAUGGUGCUCUCUCGCCCGUGGCCCAGAGCGCGGCCAGUUUUGACAAUGUGGAGGGUCUCAGGUUGCUGUGCGCAGCAGGCGCCAGGCCACUGGCGCAGAACCUGUUUGGUCUCUCCGGCCUGCAAUGUGCAGCGGGCUUUGGAGCUAGAGCGGUGAUUGAGGAGAUCGUGAUUCAGGCUCGGCCAGGUGAGAUAGAUCUUUCAAGGGCACUCGUCGAUGCCGCGGGAUUUCGCGGUGGCUCGGCGGAGCUGGUGCAACGAUUGAUCGGCCUCCGUGCAGACGUCGACUUUCAGAUAUCUAUGUCACGCGACGUCAAGGCGCUGGGCCGGCUGCUCUUUGCAGCGAAGUCUUUGCAGCACCGGCUCGGCCGAAGGACUGGUCUGACGGCUUAUGCCUACCACCUGCACGGCAGCACGCCGCUGAUGCAGGCCAUCCGGUCGGCUCAAUUCGAGGCCGCUGCGGCCCUGAUCGCAGCCGGCGCCAGGCUGGACCUCCGCAAUGGCCAGGGCUGGAGUGCGGCGGACUUUGCUCGGGGCCAGGCGAUCCCAGACUUUCUGCGGCUCGGCCUGGAGGGGGACCCGUCGGAGUGCCGCAGAGUCUCCUCCCUGGCGCUGCCCGACGGUUAUGUCGAGAUUGCAUUCUAG